GUUUCAAACCGUAAGCAUCGAUGCAAAAGUAUAGUAGUAGCAGGUUGCAUUGUUCAGUAGUUGACUAGCGUGCACUAUUAAUACAUGUACGUACCUCCCCUUCAUCGUCCCGUCUCAAAACUCUCUCUCUCUCUCCCUCCCUCCCUCCCUCCCUCCCUCCAUCUCUCCCUCUCCCUGGCUAAUUAAGGUAGCAGUGUAGCGAUCCGAUCGAGAAGAUGAGCUCUAUUGGCAUGAUGGAGGCGAGGAUGCCGCCGGGGUUCCGUUUCCACCCACGGGACGAGGAGCUGGUCCUCGACUACCUCCUCCACAAGCUCACCGGCCGGCGCGCAUACGGUGGCGUCGACAUCGUGGACGUCGACCUCAACAAGUGCGAGCCAUGGGACCUUCCAGAGGCGGCGUGCGUGGGCGGCAGGGAGUGGUACUUCUUCAGCCUGCGCGACCGCAAGUACGCCACCGGCCAGCGCACCAACCGCGCCACGCGCUCCGGCUACUGGAAGGCCACCGGCAAGGACCGCGCCAUCCUCGCCCACGGCGCCGGCGACGCGUUGGUGGGGAUGCGCAAGACGCUCGUCUUCUACCAGGGCAGGGCCCCCAAGGGGACGAGGACGGAGUGGGUCAUGCACGAGUUCCGCCUGGAGGAGGAACGGCACCGCCACCACCAGCAGCAGAAGGUCGGCGCCGCCACCGCCGAGGCGAGGUGCCAGCUCAAGGAAGACUGGGUGCUAUGCAGGGUGUUCUACAAGAGCAGAACAACCAGCCCAAGGCCACCAUCUGAUGAAGCCUGCACAUUUUUCAGCGAGCUGGACCUUCCGACUAUGCCGCCGCUCGCGCCCCUCAUCAACGCCUACAUCGCCUUUGACAGCGGCACCGCGAUGAACACCAUCGAGCAAGUGUCCUGCUUCUCCGGCCUGCCGGCACUACCGCUCAGGGGAUCGAUGAGCUUCGGGGACCUGCUGGGCUGGGACAACCCUGAGAAGAAGGCCAUCAGGACAGCUCUGAGCAACAUGUCAAGUAACAGCAAUUCCAAGUUGGAGUUGACCCCAAACUGGAGCCAGGAGAACGGCUUGUCACAAAUGUGGACACCCCUCUGAUCCUGAUAUGAGAUUAUUGUGCUACUAGUUGAAGUGUGGUGGUGACUAGUAAGUAAUUAGAUGACAUAUUCUUUCUAAUGAUAUUGGAGUAGUAUUGGGCUAUUGGUUGAUGCAGUGUCUGUUCCCAGGGAUUUGAUGGAAGUGUGUGUUGAUUUACAAACCAGUAGAUUAGUGGAAUGGCUUGAUAUAGCAUCUGUACAUAGGAAUGCUAAGAAAUGUCCUUUAGUUCUACUCUUUCUUUCUACUCUCCAAAUGUAAUGUAACCUCCAGCUGAAAGUAAAUAUGUGGAUAACGGAUAA